AUGCACCAGUUGAUGUUGUCACACGUCAUUGGACUUGCCCCACCUGGUUUGCCGGACGGAAGUGAAGAAUGUUAUCAAACCUUAUGUUUCUGGCGUGAACCCCAUCGCCCGGAGACUCCCGCUUUCCACUUCGGAGACCGACCAGACCGUCGCUCAAGUUUCAACUACAACGCGGCUGCGUCCAUCGCCACAGCGAGCGACAUGGCGGAAUCGAGCCCGGAAAUGCUGAAACGGAGUGCCAUGGCCCAUCGGAAGACACUCUCUGCCUGGACUGCUUCCGAUAAUCCAUCCCCAUGGGACACAGACCGACUUUGCGGACAUCUCUCGGGCUCCAAACAGCCGCGUUUGCCGUUGACAAGUAGUGAGCGAGGCGAGUCUUGCCAGCGACAGGAAGCCGAUGAGGAGAAGGUGUAUGACGAAGCUUCAGGAAGGGAGCUCACAUGUCCCCACCACCACCAUUGCACCACCUCGCACGCCAAUGGCGGAGACAAGCUUCGACCAAUUGUGAGCCCAGAACGAGAACAGCAGAAUACUCAAAGAGCUUGGGUGAGGUCAUGGCAGGUCCCGCAUUCUGAGGGAAUCUCUUUCACGGCAGAAUGCGUACGCAACAUCGCGUUCUGGCAGCAGAUCGCAGUUGAGCAGCCUAACAACAGCGCUGUCCAUGAUUGCCGUUCGUCCAAGGCACUGGCCUGCGGUUGCACUCUCUCGCCGCAAAAUGCAAAACUGGGGAAAUCGAAGAUGACUACGACGGAGAGAGGCACGCGGAACCAUCCGUCCGAUCCAGUAACCACUUCCGACCCUUCUAACGCCAUUGAUGUCCGCACUUCCCUCAAGCACCAAAUCGCACACUUCCUUGCGGACAUGAACGAAUUCUCUGCCAUGAGGAACUUCGGUUCAGACUGCAUGUACGAUCUGGGUGGCGCGAAGACGCCGACCGCAGCACCUCAGCACCUCACUCUCUCACCACACAUGUUGUUCGUGCAGAAUCCGACCGAUUUCACAUUUUCCCAACAAUCCAUCGAUUUCAAGCCUGCCUCGAGACCAGGCGCGUCAAGCAUUGCAGCCGAAUCAUCACAAUCGAGGCGACGCAAGAGUGUGUCCUCCGCCUCUUCUGCUCCUAAGAGGCGGAAAAGCGAAUCUCCUGCCUCUUCUCCAGGCGGAAGUGUCGGUACUCCAGAGCCUUCGAUUGGCGACCAGAUCUCUCAGAUGAGCGCAGCACCUUUCGCAAGCGGCUUCGAAGACAUUUUCUCGACGCCAUUCGGCUUGGAAACUGUUGUGGAGGAUGGUUGUGGGGAAUGUCUGGCUUGCGGAUAUCGAUACUUAGGUUACAUCAUGGACUGGCAGAAGUCAUCUUAUGAUUCUUGGUACUCCCCGGCUAUAUCACCCACAACCGAGGAUUCUUUCGGCUACGGAAGGCGCUCGAAGCACAUACAGAAUACCUGCUUACUUUCGCGUGGCUAUCCAGAGUGGCUGAUUAUACUUCUGGAACUCAUUCCGCGAAACGAUGAAACGAACGAAGGAUACGAACUGAGCCUCGAACACCAUUAUCUCGGCAUCGCUACCCAAGGUCAACCUGAAUUCGAAGAGCCUCAUACACGAGCUUUAGACCUUUCAUCAUUUGACGCGAAGGUCGAUCACCUACUUGCAUUCACGCUUGGUACCUCGGCCCACGACAAUAAAUGGAGCACGGAAUUUAUACUGCUUUCGGAAGAUACUUUACCUUCGCCAAUGAUCAACACCCGCCUCCGCAAUGUCUAA